AGGGGUUGAGGGGUCGUCUUGAGUGGAGGGGCAUUACACACCCGGAGAACUAUGCAUUUUUGUUCCAACUGUCGCCGUGACAGGACUGUGCUCAAUGGUUUCAGGGGCGUCUAGUGAGAGUACUUUCGAGAAACAGACCUUAACAGAUUGUGUUUUUGCUCGUUCCUGGCGAUGAGGCCGCUUGGCAGCGAAGGGGUGACGACCAGCUUGGCAGACGUAAGCGCACAACUUGUACAGAGAGGCGGGCAGCCCGGGUCUCCGGUCCAGUGAGACAACAGCAGCUGGUUCUGCAGUGGAAGCCUCGGCCAUGAGCCCCCCCAGCUGUUGAAUAAGACAUGGUCAACAUGGACCCGGAGCGCCCCCUCUGACAACCUCCCCCCCGCCAGGCCCCUCUCUCUCUCCCGGUCCGUACCAUGGGGGCUGGGGGUGGAACACCACCGCUGCCGUCGGCAGCACAAUCUCCGAAGCCAGGGGCCCGGGGCCCUCGACGCAUGCCCGCCCCCGGGGUCCUGGUGGCCCUGCUGGCCCUGCUGGCUGUGUCCGUGUCCAGCGCCGGCGUGACCCGAGACCCGGGACAUCAGAGGCAGGCCCCUCGGCGUCUGAGGCGAGGGUGGGUGUGGAGCCAGCUGGUGGUCCCGGAGGAGGACCCCACGCCGCGCGUCAUCGGCAAGCUGGAGUCGGACUACAGCCGCUGGGGCUACAGCAUCCGCUACAUCCUGUCGGGAGAGGGGGCUGGCGACGCCUUCGAGAUCGACGAGUAUUCGGGCGAGAUCCGCACGCGCCGCAAGCUGGACCGCGAGGAGAAGGCCUUCUACGUGCUCCAGGCGCAGGCCAUCGAACGGGGCACCCAGGAGCCAGUGGAGCCCCAGUCCGAGUUCAUCAUCCAGGUCCAGGACAUCAACGACAACCCCCCGCUGUUCCAGGAGGAGCCCUACGUCUGCAGCAUCCCCGAGAUGAGCCCCAAAGGGACCACAGUGGCCAGGGUGACGGCCACGGACGCCGACGACCCCCAGCAGGGGAACAACGCCCGGCUGCUGUACUCCAUCCUGCAGGGGGAGCCCUACUUCUCUGUGGAGCCAAAGACAGGCCUGAUCGUGACGUCCUGGCCCAGUAUGGACCGGGAGGCGCGGGACCAGUACCAGGUGGUGCUGGAGGUGAAGGACAUGCUGGGCCAGCGCGGGGCGCACUCCGCCUCCACCACCGUCACCGUCCACCUCACCGACGUCAACGACAACGGGCCCACCUUCCAGCACCACCUGUACACGUUCGGGGUGCGCGAGGACGCGGCGGUGGGCACCACGGUGGGCCGGGUGAAGGCCGACGACGGGGACGAGGGUCUUAACGCCAUGAUGAACUACACCCUGCAGGAUCUGGAGGAGAGCAACACCUUCACCAUCCAGCUAGACCCCGACACUCAGGAGGGGCUGGUGCUCCUGGCCAAGCCUCUAGACUACGAGACCAAGAGCCGCUUCGUCAUGGCGGUGGAGGCGGACAACGUGGUGGUGGACGAGCGCUUCCUGAGUGCCGAUGAGGCGCGCGACCGGGCCACCGUCAAGGUCUUCGUGGAGGACGUGGACGAACCGCCCGUUUUCGGCGCCGACGUCUACGAGUGGAGGGUGCCGGAGAGCGCCGGGGUGGGCACCGUGGUGGGGGUCGUGAGCGCGAGGGACACGGAUACACGGAACAAUCCUGUCAGAUAUUCAAUUGAGAGACACAGCGGUAUCAGAAAAGCUUUCAUAGACCCAAACAAUGGCUCCAUGACGCUCUCCCAGCCGCUCGACCGGGAGGCCUCAAAUUGGCACAAUGUGACGGUUGUAGCCACCGAGACAAAGCAGAGCUAUUUAUUCUCGGCGGCGGUGGUGUUCAUCAAGGUGCUGGACGUGAAUGACAACGCUCCGGCGCUGGCCAGUGAUUACCGGCCGUAUAUCUGCGAGGGGACUCCGGCGGGAGAGCUGAUCCAGUUGCUGGAUGCGGUGGACCCUGACGACCCGCCGGAGGGACAUCACUUCUACUUCUCCAUGGUCCCAGAUGCGCACAUCAAUCCCAACUUUACCAUCAGAGAUCACCAAGACAACACGGCCAGCAUCGUGAGCCGCCGCAGCACCUUCACCCGCAAGGACCGCGCCCACUACCUGCUGCCGGUGGUGGUGGCGGACAGCGGUGUGCCCCCGCUCACCAGCACCAGCACCCUGACCGUCACCGUGUGCGGCUGCAGCCCCGCGGGCCACUGCCCCCUGGGGGGUGCCGGCGUGGAGGCCCGUGCCCUCUCCAUGGGCACCAGCCUCAAAACCCUGCUGGGCGUGCUGGUGUGCCUGGCCACGCUCUCAGCGCUCUCCGUCCUCACCCUGGGGGUGAGGAGGAGGAGGAGGCGCAGGAGGAAGCAGCAGGAGGUGUCCGGGAUGGCGGAGGACGUCGACGGGGAAGACCUGGAGCUCCCAGACCAGGUGUCCCAGAAGGUGCUGCGCUACGGCGAGCCGAGGGCCCCGGGGCCCCAGCUGGCCUCCACCCCCUACAUCUCCUCCCCCUGCUCCUCCCCCUCCUCCCCGCCGUCAGUCCCGCUGCGGCCCCACCCCAGGCGGCGGGACAGGAAGCUGCGGCGGGCGGAGGUGGCGGCCAGCAUACGCAUGUCCCUGCGACACUCGCACCUGAUUGGCCCCGAGGACGAGGUGUUCCGGCAGUUCAUCUUCGACCGGCUGGACGAGGCCGACCGGGACCCGUACGCCCCGCCCUUCGACUGCCUGCGGACGUACGCCUUCGAGGGGGCGGGCUCCGACGCCGGCUCCCUCAGCUCCCUGGACUCCUGCGGGCUGGCCGACUUCGGGCCCGAGCCGCCGGCGGGCCGGCCCAGACCCUUUGUGGUCCCGCUGACGCCCUGGUACGGGUCGGAGGAGGACACCUUCUGAAGGCCCCACAGGUGGAGAGUCUGUCUUUGUGUGUGUUUGACUUUGAUUACGAUCGCAAUCUUUAAAGGGACUUCACCGGCCCCGUGUCUAGACGGCCACAUAGCGAACCCCCCCCAAAGACUUCCCUAAAGACCUUGUUUCAGCUGGAGUUUGAACACUAUGAGAUUGAAUAAAUGAGGACUGAGAGAUCUUUGGAGGAGGGCGGCGUGUCACGACCCAUUGCAACUUUGUGAUACUUUUUCGUACCGUCGUUGGGUAUGAGUGAUGUAGUGAGCGAUGUUGGGUAUCAAAUGCACCAGUCACUGUAGUGUUACACUGGGAAGCUUAACCCCCUAGCGUUCUACUAUCGUGGGCCGGGACGCCCAACCAUCUCUAGGCCGCAUAAACCAUCAAAAUCAACGUCUUGUUUCAGAACAACCCUCCAUACAUCUGCAUUCACACAAACCAAGGCGUUGUACAAUUAGUGUCUGAGCAGCUUAACCCUUUCUCAGUCAGCCCUCACAGAGCUCAACACACCCACCAACACAUCGCCGCUGUCGUACCUCGGUCGUACCUUGGUCGGGACGUCGAUGAGUUUACACCUCAGCGUCACAAAAAGACGUGCGUUACUAUAGGUCUGAAUAAGAGUGGGGUUAUCAGGUAGUCUUUAAGGUAGGCAUAAACUUAGGAUUUUACCAGCUUUCUCGAAAAUAAAGUCUUGUUUUUAGGAACUGAGAUAAAAUGGCAUGGAUUACUUUGUUCAUGAUCACCAGAAAAACUAAGUUUUAAGAAAGAAAACGUUGCUGUGCUUACUAGCCCUUUAAGGACAGUGGGUAACAACUCCAAAACUCAAACUAAUAAUAGAACACUGGUCAGGGAUCCCUUGUCCAGUGAACUCUGCCGGUGUGAUAGGCAUGAUUGUAAAAACGACGAGACAUAUUGUCUGUUCAAUGUCUCCGAUCAUCAUGAUCGAUCGAUCGAUACAUUCUUAGAAACCCUCUCUGCUACUCUCUGUAGCUUCCGUCAUCAGCAGAAAAUAGAUCCAAGCACUCUGUUAAUACACUGAACACAAAGGUACACUAACCAGGCUGUAGGACUUGCAGUAUUUCGUGUUGUAAGCAUUUUAUACUAUUAUGCAUACUAUUAUAUAUACUAUUUUUGUUGACGUAUUUUGUGUAACAAAUUUUACAGUCUAUACAUUUGUAUGAAAAUGAAUAAUAUUUCAACCAACCUUUUGGUGUCUGCCUGUGUCUAGCGAUGGUUUGGGAAGUGACCUUGUUAUGGCAGCCAUUUACAGAGUGAACAACCAGGCUUCAAUAGAUGUUGAAUUGAUUAGCGUUUUAUUAAUGCAGUUUAAUCAUUCAUGAAUGCAAAAAGAGAUUUUUCCAUUAAUGUAGUUGAAUGAAAUUCAGUCUUUUGAGUCAAAGGGCUGAACACAUUUCGUCUUCAAGGACACCCACAAUCAUUUAACUCAUGUGUAUUUAUGUUUUAUUGGGAGAUUUUAUUGGACUGAUA